GCUGACCGGAAAUCAACGAAGAGGCCUUGCGUAGUGGAUCAGUCGCGUUCCGGCACAGCAGAUGGAAAUUCUGACAGAACAAUUGCCGCACACAACGCGCAAACUGUCUCUGUGAGUGUUUUACCUACGACAGGCAACAGGCCACGAAACUUUGCUGGAGUUCUUCAGCGCAACUUGUCGGCUGUCUGUGUUCGGAGUUAGGCCGCCGUGGGAGGAACACUUUUUCAGAAGCCUCCUGUGGCAUUGUCUGAGUCACAUGGUAUCUUUGCAGACGAAUCUAAAUGUGUUCGAGGAACAUGAGAAUACCUUCGGUGCUUUGUGCAAAGAACGCAUAAAACUUUAAUUACGCACUGGCAGCCACAAUCCGUCCUUUGAGUUCGACUUGGCGAACAGUUUCAUAAGGCACAGCCCUUCCCUUGUUUAUAAUUCCCAUUGUUUACCUUCUAAUCCUUCAUGGAAAUAUUCAACGUCUAAUCAGAGGAGUUCCGUUGUUCCGUCGUCAGGAAUGGGGAGCUCUGUCGGCCGGGCGAGACAACGCGACUGGUCGAGGACAAUAGCACGAGAUCGUCGCCCUGGCAGCGGAUCGUUCCCGGAGUCAGGCGAACAAGAAACUGCUAAUGGAUUGGUGUGCCUUGGCGAAGGGGUGUCGGUGGCCGCUGACCAGCUCCGUUCUCUCAACUGGACCGACUACCGGAAGUUGACGCGCGGUCUGGCAGCUAUCUUGUUCAGUCCGGCGGAGUUGGCUACGCGAUCUGUCACGGGGCAGCGUUGGAGUCGCGCUGGCAUCACAGGGGGAAACCGCCCCAUCAAACCGGCUCUUGAUCGCGCCAAAGUUCAAGCCAUCAUCAAUCACGUGACGAGCAGUUUCCCAUCAGUGGGAGUGACGAAAAUCAAGCAAGUGCUGGCCUACAAAUGCAAGGAGAGUGCCUCGUCCUUCAGAUUCCAGACCGUCCGAUCGUACAGCCCUCGCAGGGGAACAUGACGAGGCAGAAGCGGGCGGAGGUUCUGAGCCCCUGGAGCGUCGGCUCUACGGCAAACUCGUUUAUCAGCGCUUGAGACUCGCACGAGGCGACGUCUGUGGCAGGCACGUGGUCACCACCUACGCCUCCGCCUCCGCAACAGCAUCGCCCGCCGAAGACUGCAAUGAUCGUGCCGCUGCUGUUUUAGUAUGGCACUUCUCGCAAGUGCCAUACUAAAGUUCUAAUUGUACCUAAUCAGGCGCUCAGGUCUUCACGGAGAUCCGUAUUUGUUGUCAAGUCUUCGGGAAAUACCUGGCGAAAAUGGUAAACGUUAACGACGUUCUGCGGAAGAUUUAAAUAGAAUUGCAACAACAUUAACAGAUUUGUGGCGCUAUGUUCAUGUCACUUCUACCCUGCGGGAUGUAACAGGUUUCCUCCGAAACGUCGGUACCAUUUACACGCGGUUCAAUUUCCAGAAGACUCCAAAGUGAUUACGCAUAUCAUUAGGCGCAUCAUGUGUGUCACAUCAGGGUCGAUUCUUGUGCUAUUUAACAACGCCUUAUCGACUACAUGUAUUAAUUUAGAACUAGUAAAUAUGAACAUGAAGCAUGAUUCUUGCUGAGAGAA